AUGGCUGGGCGAUUCAUGUCUUGUGGCUGGAUACUGAGAGGCAGGCUUGAACUUGCUUGCGGCAGGGAAGAAGGAGCUGGAGACUUUUAUUGGUCGGACAAAAAGGAGGGCAAUGGUGAAGGGUUACGAAAAUUUGGGGGGGGGGGGGGAGAGGGCUGGGCCGUGAUAGGAAUGGAGCUACUCAGGGAAGAGAGAGUAGCUGGAUUGGGAUUGGGGAAGAAGAGUCUGCAUUCCCAUUUUUUUCUUUUCCUAAACUCUUCACGCUGUGGUCGCAAGGGCAAGAUUCACCAAUGUCACAGGGAAGUUCCCAACAAGGCGAGCGGUAGAAUUUGGGUGGAGGAUUUGGAUUAUAAGGGUUGGGAAAGAGCAGAAGGAAUGGCGAUGCGAAGAUGGGGGAGGCAACAGGGGAUGGGGGAGGAACGACGAUGCGGAGAUUGGGAAAGAGUAGAAGGAACGACGAUGCAGAGAUGGGGAAGGAACGACGAUGCGGAGAUUGGGAGGCAGUAG